GCGACGCCCGGGACGCGCCGGUGCCGGAGCAGCGCUGUCCCCGCUGUCCCCGCUGUCCCCGCCGCUGCCAUGAGCGCCCCGCAGCCGCGUAUUCUUGAAACCUAUAACAGUCUUACAGACAAACACCUGGUUGGAUAUUUCAGCAAUGCCAGGAUAAGACGACAUCUUCAGAAAUCAGGACUGAUCUCCAGGAGCGGCAGAAUCAUACCGGAGAAGGAAUACCGCCUCAAUGCCAUAAGGAGGGACCACCAGAGACACGUCCAGGGCUGCUUGGCUGAUGCCAUAUAUCAUAAAGUCCUUGACAUUGAGCAUCAUCAUCAGCUGGGGAUUAACAGGAGACUUGACUGUUCUGCAAGGAAAGAGACGAUGGAGUCAGCCAAGAUCGAGCGCUUGAUGGGACAAGUGUCCCCCAUGUACGCCCCCCACCCGCCCGUCGCCCCCAGGAACCACCACGCGCUCUGUCCCUUGGUGUCCGGAGAGCGGACCGGGCGCUCGCUGCGGAGGGGACCCAGACUUAGAUUUGAUUAUGGUGAUGGACGUUAUUAUUUCCGAGCCAAGGAGCCUCCCGUCUCUAAGAGGCAGAGCAGCGAGCUCAAGUUCAGGAACCCCAUGGAUUACAUGUCCGGUGCGUCACCGUACCGGCCCAGCAAGCGCCGCCGCCGCCGCGCGGCCCCGGUGCCGCCGCCGCGCCCGCACGUCGGGGACCGCUGCAUCCCCGGCAUCCGGCGCGGGCUGCCCGUCGAGAGAUGGUUCCACUCCACCACGGGCUUCAAUGAGCAGUUCUUGAUCAAUAAUACCAAUGGGUUCCCCAAGUCCCCAUUAUGCAGCAAUGCCCUGGUCACCAUGAUCUACCUAGGAAAGAGUAAGCACGUGUCGCUCCGUGAUCACAAGGAUGAAAUCAAAGUCUAUCAGCAAUACUGUGGAACAGAAAACAUUUGUGUCUAUAAAGGCGACCUGUUGGAAGGAGACACCUUCCAGUUCAUCUCUAAGAGGUACCUCGGUUACCCGUUCAGCCUCACCUUUUUCCUGAACGGGCUCCAAGUUGACAGGCUGAGCUCUUGCUGUGAGUACAGAGGCUUUCAGACCAAGAGGCCUUGCCGGCUGCAGCGCAGAAACACCUACUUCAGGGUGCUCCACGUGGCAGGAGCCCCUCCUUGCUACAGGUGCUUUCUUGCGAUGGGUCUGGACAAAAAGCUGUACCCUCCCAAGAAGAAGCUGAAGUUCUACUCGAGGGCGCACAUGUGCUCCUGCUCUCCUUACUGCGCGCACAGCCAGCCCUGUGACAGCAACGUGCUGCCCAAAUCCAUUGAAGACUCGGUGUCACUCACCAUAGCCAGCCAAGAGGACAGCGUGGACACUAUCGACGAAACACUCGACUCUGAACAGGAGUGCUGCGAGGAAGAAGAAGAAGAAGAAGAAGGAGAAGAAAUAGAAGGAGAAAUAGGAGAAGUAGAAGAAGAAGCACAAACAGAAGACCGAUCUUUUGUGGAGACCGAAGGCACCGCUCAGGAAACCACCACUCAGGAAACCACCAGUGAAAGUGAAUAUGAUGAAGAUUUUGAAGAUGUGGAAGUUAAUGAAGAGGGACAGAUUGGUGAUCAAAUGAAUGGAAUGUCAAAGUCAUCCUCAAAUGAUAAAAACCGUAAUAUAGACUAUGGAAAGGAGAGUGAAACCUCAUCUCAGAAGGCACUGCAGGCCUCUGACAGUGAGAAAGAUAAAAGAUAUUCUGAUGACAGGGACUGUGAAGAUGAUCUACCAGAGAGGAGGCCUGCAGACUCUCUCUCAUCCAUGAGCACUCAGUGCAGCACUGAGACUGACUCGCAAGCUGAAAUGAAGGCAGACCAUGGGAAUUGCAAAGAGGACUGCAAUAUCAAAAGUACAUCUGAUAGUGCAGCACAUGCACACUGUGGAAAUGAGAAUGGGGAGAAGAAACUGCUCAGAGUGGAGGAAAAUCAAGAGAAUUCUGCACUGAAACAGAAAGGAAUAGAUGAAGCAGACAAGACAAAACCAGAAGAUCUAACAGCAAGGGAAGACACUAGAAUUUUUCAUGAAAACAUAAGGGCAAUGCAGCAUCAAAAUCCUGAGGUUAACGGGGAAUUCAAACAGACUGGGUCAGGAGAAAGUAACAUGAAUGAGGAGGAGGAACGUCCUCCAGUGCCUUGGGAAAGCAGGGUAUUGAGCAAGGAGGAUGGCAACGAAGAGCCUCCUUGGCAUGAGGAAGGAGGGGUUUUUGAAGACUGCAAACCAGUCCAGGAGGAAACAGCAAAAGCAACUGGAAAUGAUCAUCCUGUGAAUUCUGACCCUGAGCCUGGUGAUUUGUGUGCCAAUGAGGAAGAAAAGAAUGCAGCAAAUACAGAGCAUAGUGCCAGUGGAGCAGCAGAUGGAAGGCUCCUGGCAGAAGGGAGGAGAAGCCUGGAUGUGCAGGAGGCAGCAGCACGAGCCGGGGAGGCGACAGGGCCGGGACAAGCCCCGGAGCAGGAUGGGGCUGCUGGGGGAGAUGCUGGCAGCGGAGAGGCCGCAGGAAAAGCUGCAGGGGCAGGGGAUGCACUGCCCCAGGCAGGCACGGGGGCUGCGCUGGGGGAAUCCGCGCCUGAGGAGGGCACCGUGGCACAGGAACGGCCCCCAGGAAAGGGAACAGGGCCGGCAGUGGAGCUGGGCACAGAGGGGUCGCCUGGGGAGCAGCAGGUGCUGGCAGAGGGCAUGGACAGAGAGGUGGUGGCACUGGGCAAGGCAGCAGCUGGCACAGAGGGGUCGCCUGGGGAGCAGCAGGUGCUGGCAGAGGGCAUGGACAGAGAGGUGGCACUGGGCAAGGCAGCAGCUGGCACAGAGGGGUCGCCUGGGGAGCAGCAGGUGCUGGCGGAGGGCAUGGACAGAGAGGUGGUGGCACUGGGCAAGGCAGUGGAGCUGGGCACAGAGGGGUCGCCUGGGGAGCAGCAGGUGCUGGCAGAGGGCAUGGACAGAGAGGUGGUGGCACUGGGCAAGGCAGUGGAGCUGGGCACAGAGGGGUCAGCUGGGGAGCAGGAGGUGCUGGCAGAGGGCAUGGACAGAGAGGUGGCACUGGGAAACGCAGUGGAGCUGGGCACAGAGGGGUCGCCUGGGGAGCAGCAGGUGCUGGCGGAGGGCAUGGACAGAGAGGUGGCACUGGGCAAGGCAGCAGCUGGCACAGAGGGGUCGCCUGGGGAGCAGCAGGUGCUGGCGGAGGGCAUGGACAGAGAGGUGGUGGCACUGGGCAAGGCCGCAGCUGGCACAGAGGGGCCAGCUGGGGCGCUGCCAGGGGGGGAGGCACACAGAGCCGUGCCCCAGGGGCAGGAGGGGGCUGGGGGCACCGCUGAGGAGGAGGCUGCAGACGAAGGCCGCAAAGGAGCAGGAGGGCCCCCAGCAGAGGAGGAGGUGGGCGAGCCAGUGUCCGAGGCAGGGGAGCCCCUGGGGCAGGGAGGGUCUGCAGGGAAGGACACGACGGUGGCGGCUGUGUCAGAGGGAGAGGACGCUGGGGAGGAUGCUGAUGUGGCAGCUACACAUGGGAAUGCCAGAGCUGUGGGCCCUGAAGGAGAAAAGGCUGUUGAAGAAGACUUUUCUGAAGGGGAGGAGGCUUUGGGGAAGCCUGGGGCUCUCUGGGAAGCACCAGGGGAUAUGGAAGCAGGAGAGGCAAUGUCUGGAGGGGAAGGGUUUGUUAAGCCAAGUCAGUUUUCCCAGCUGAAAGUGUCAGAGGAAGAGUGGAUGGAGAUGGGGAAAGCUGUCCCAGGAGCUGCAGCAGCACUUGAGAGUGCUCAGGCUCUCCAGAGAGUGGAGGACACGAGAGAAGAGUCUGUGGAGGCUGACAAGGGUCCUGCACUGGAAGUGGCUCCUGGGUUAGGAGCACUGGGGGGUGCUCGGGGGGAUCCUGUCACUGAGGGGUCAUCACAGGUGGAGGAGACACUGGCAGUGCAGGAGGAGGAGGGCGCAGCAGAAGCACUUUGGAGUGGAAACCCAUCUGAGGGCAGCGAAGCAGAGACAGAGAGAGCAGUGGAAGGAAACCCCGAAGGAGAGGCGGUGGGAGGGUCUGCAGGGGCGGCCGGAGCGGGCUCGGAGGAUGAAGAGGAGGCCACAGAUGGAGCAGCAGGUUCAGAGGAGCCGGCAGCGGGGACAGAGGGGUGGCUGAGGUGUGGGCAAGCGGGAGGGCAGGGGAGGUGUCCCGGGGAGGGAGCGGCGGCGGGGCCGUGCGGGAGCCGGGCCGGGGAGCCGGGGCUGGUGGCCAUCGCAGUGCUGGGCGGGCAGGCCGGGCCCGCAGCGCUGCCCGGGGCUGGCGGGCUGGGCACUGGGGCCGUGGCACAGGCCGGGGUGACGGGAGCGGCGCCGGGGGCACAGAGCGGGGCAGGGGCACAGCCGGUGUCGGCGGCGGGCGGGGAGCCGGGGGGCGCCGGGGAAGGGCCGGCCGGGGCACCCGCGGCUGCUGGGCCCGAGGGGAAGCGGGAGGCGGCAGCAGGGGGCGAGGCGCGGGCCGCGGGGCCGGCCGGAGCACGGCGGCCGGAGCCGGGCACGGAGCCGCUCGGGCACGCAGGGGGGCUCGGAGCGGGGGCGCUGGGGGAGCAGGCCGCUGCAGAGACCGCCCCGAGCAGCCCCGGGCACGGGGGAGUGGCAGCGAGGGCGAGAGGAGCGGGAGGCGAGGGGCUGUGCCCGGGCACCCCGCCACAGCCGGCAGCCACAGGGACAGCGCGGGGCAGGCACGGGCGGCAGGAGCCGGGCAUGGAGCGGGAUGCAGGGCAAGCCGGGGACGAGCAGCCGAGUGCCCCUGAGAACACCAGAGAGGGCGAGGUGGCCGCUGUGUCGGCCAGUGCCGGGCCCGCGGAGCAGAGGAAGGACGGCCCCGUCGGAGGGAGCCCGAGUGUCCCGGCAGCCGCUGACGGGGGCGACAGGAGCUGCAGUUCCCGUCAGGAUAGUGCAAACCCAGACCCACUCAUCAUGUCGUCAGAAGAGGAUGGGGAAGAAACCCUGCUCUGAGCUUUUCCUGCAGCCCCUCGGUGUUGUGUCCUGCCACAUGCUCGCAGCUGGCCGCGGGUUUGUGCCGGCUGGGAUGUCGCUCCUCUCUCUCUUCACCCUGUGAGUAGCGCAGCCACCUGUCACGUUUCACUGGAGCAGCUCCUCAGCGUGCAGCAGACAACUGGAACAAGCUUGUGUCUGCCAGCCCGGGAAGCAGCACGCCUUUGGAAGGAUGAGGACAGUAAUCACAAGGAUUGUUCCACAGCUGUCUGCCUUGUUUUUCUUGAAAACCAGAGAAAUACUGGGCUGACUGAACUUCCCCUCCUCCCCUAGGCGCCGCUUGCUCCUGCAGGCAGGCCGGGCUGUUAUCCUGGGAUCUUGCCCACCCAUCCCAGGGCAGGGGAGCCCUCCUGCUUGCACAGUGCCCCCGUGCCAGGAGCGUGUGGGGGGCUUCCCUCCCCUUGGGCAUCCAGGCUUGCUGCUGGCCACACUCCAGGGCAUUCUCAGCACGUGGAAAUGUUGAAAUUUGUUAAAUCAGAACAAUUGCAACAGGUAUUUGUAAAUGCAUAAAGCUUGACCUUCUGCUUUUGCUGGAGUCACUGAGGAGGAGUCAGUGGAGCCUCAGCUGAGGCUGCCAGGAGGGUGGUGAGUUCAGAGUUGUCUCAGCCUGGCUGCCCUUCUCUGCUGCCCAAGGCUCUUCUCAGCUCUGCUGCAGGGGCCCCAGGACCCUUUUGGGCCAGGCAAAACCCCUUCGGGGCUGGGUGUGCAGCAGCCUGUAGGCACUCCAAGCCUGGUGGGUGCAGCAGACUCAGCCCCACAGAGUGGGGACUGUAGCUGCCUUUACAAGGAGGGAAAAGACGCUGAAAUGAGCAGGAUUUUGAGCAGAUUGGUGCCGUGAGUCACUUCAGAUCAAUGUACGUGGAACUGGAAACUCAAACGUGAUCAAGUGGUUGCUGUGUGUUUGCUCCUAGAGACAUUCCUGUACUAGAGCUGGUUGCGUGUGUGUUUAGUCUGCACGUUUCAGAGGGUUGUGUUUUCUCUGUCCAUACCCAUGCCUAUGUGUUCACUCAGGCCUAUUAAAUACCUGUACCAGUC